AUGCUGCAGGUAAACAUUACUCUGGUCAGUGAGUUCAUCCUGGUGGGCUUUCCCACUGCCCCAUGGCUUCAGGUUCUGCUCUUCUUCCUCUUCCUUGUGGUCUACCUGUUAGUGGUAGUGGAGAAUCUUGUCAUCAUGCUCACUAUUUGGGUCACUAGCUCCCUCCAUAAGCCAAUGUACUAUUUCCUGAGUAGCAUGUCCUUUCUGGAGGUCUGGUAUGUCUCUGUCACAGUCCCCAAGAUACUGGACGGAUUCCUCCUGCAGAAACAGCACAUUUCCUUCACAGGUUGCAUGACCCAGCUCUACUUCUUUAUUUCACUUGCCUGCACAGAGUGUGUGCUCCUGGCAGCCAUGGCUUAUGACCGCUACGUGGCCAUUUGCCACCCUCUUCGAUACUCAGUCAUCAUGACCACAGGUUACUGUGGACAGCUGGUGGCUUUCUCUUACAUGAGUGGUUUCAUGAUCUCUGUCAUCAAGGUCUAUUUCAUUUCACAUGUUGCUUUCUGUGGCUCCAAUGUUAUGAACCACUUUUUCUGUGAUAUCUCACCAGUCCUCAAACUGGCAUGCAAAGACAUGUCCACAGCUGAGCUAGUGGACUUUGCUUUAGCUAUUGUCAUUCUUGUGUUCCCUCUCAUUACCACUGUCCUCUCCUAUAUCUACAUUGUCUCCACCAUUCUGCAUAUACCCUCCACCCAGGGAAGGAAGAAGGCCUUCUCCACCUGUGCAUCUCACCUCACUGUAGUCAUAAUUUUUUACACAGCCAUGAUUUUUACAUAUGUUCGGCCCAGAGCUAUUGCAUCAUUUAAUUCCAACAAACUAAUCUCAGCUGUGUAUGCAGUCCUCACACCCAUGCUAAAUCCAUUCAUCUACUGCCUAAGGAACCAGGAAGUCAAGAAUGCUAUCAAAAAGACCUUGAGGGGUGGCUAA